CACCUACCUGUGGUUGUUCAGGUUCAUCGGUUGGGACCUCGGGAACCAGUGUGGUAGAUAGAGGGCUUUGUUGUUUUCUGAAAUUAUUUAUUCCGGAAGGUUAAGGACAUUUGUAAACAAGUAAAAUGGCUACUACCAGGCGAGAACAGGUUAUGGUGGGUGAGCUUCCUGAGGACUUUCUCUCUAUAGGAGGAGGGGGAGGUGGUGGACCAUCCCCAAUGCAGGGAUCUCAACAGAUCAGCAACGAUGAACAGACAGCUAGAAUGCUUCAGUAUGAGCAGAGUGUUGGUGGGCAGGGUUUUCAACAGGCUACAAUUGGGCGUCUUAGUAUUACUGUUGCACAGGCAAAGCUUGCAAAGAAUUACGGAAUGACGAGAAUGGACCCUUACUGCCGUAUCCGUGUUGGACAUGCAGUGUUUGAAACACCAACCGACAGCAAUGGGUCAAAAAAUCCAAGGUGGAAUAAGGUUAUUCAGUGUAACUUGCCAACAGGAGUUAAUACAUUUUAUUUAGAAAUAUUUGAUGAGAAAUCGUUUACGACUGACAACCGUAUCGCUUGGGCACAUGUCACUAUCCCGCAAUCUGUACUAAAUGGGGAAACCAAAGAAGAGUGGUACUCACUGAGUGGGAAACAAGGGAACGACAAGGAGGGCAUGAUAAACGUAGUGUUAUCCUACUCGCAAGUGGCAGCUUCUCCUUGGAUGAUGCAACAGCAAUUCCCUGCCCCUCAAGUGAUGGUCUUGCCCUCUGCCUAUGCCUACCCAGGUGUUGGUGCCCCAAUGGCAGUAUAUCCUCCAAUGCAUCCCCCAGUUGUGCAGGGACCAGUAAUGCAUCAACAGCAGCCCCCAGCCAUCACGCAAGAAGACCUCAACAGCAUCCAAGAAAUGUUCCCAGACACGGACCAGGAGGUCAUCCGCUCAGUCCUGGAAGCAAACCGAGGGAACCGCGAGGCAGCAGUCACCAGCCUGCUCAGUAUGCAAUAGAAAUAUUUUAUCAGAUUAAAAACGUGUAUUGUAUAAUAUUUUUUUUUGUGAUCCUAUAUUAUAUGAUUUCUCAUUUUAAAACAGCAAAACCAGAAUUUUCUUUAAUGAUAUUACCCUUAAUUGACAUUUUGAAUAAUGGGGUUUACUUUCUAUGCUGGAAAUUUAUGUACAGGACACGGUCAGCUGUAUGUCAAAGUAAAAUGUAAUGAUUUUGACUAAAAAUUUUGGACAAAAAUCUUUCCUGUUUUUGUGUAUAUAUAUAGGGGUGUGUGUUUAUGGGGUAUGCCUGCCUGUGUGUAUGUGGAUGUGUCUCCCUAUGUGUCAGAUAAGCCUCAAGUAUUCCUUGUAUUUGAAUGUACAAAUUCAGAAUGAUUACAUUAGAAACUCGUUGUUAUUAAAUAUUAUUUCAUUUUUGGUAAUUAAAUUGUCUUUACACAAUGUCAAAUUUUUCUAAAUUGUUAUUGGUUAAUUAAUGAAUUAAUUAAUUAUGAAUCAUGGAGUUGCUACUUGUUAAUGUACUUACAAUCCUAUCUUGAUUCUUGAAAAUUAUGUAAUUUGAAAAAAAAAUAAUAAUUAGGAAAAUGAUUAUAUGAUUGAUUUAUGUUUAUUAUCAAAUACCAUUUUUUUCAAAGGAAAUAUUAAAAAAAAAAAUUUAUUUAUUCACCUACAAAACGGCAGCCGAAGGUGAAUACUAGUAUAUGAAAUACCUGAGCCCAAAUUUUUAAUAUAUUUGAAUUAUAGUUAUUAUGAUUAUAUUUGAUUUAUAAAUCAAAAUUGACUGAAUAAUUAAAAUGUGUGCCUAAUGGUUUGCUUAAAUGUAAACUGGUAUUCAUUUUACCAUAUACAGUUAAAAUUUGUUGACUUUGCCUAAUCCGAAUAAUUUCUAAGUCAAUCUUAGUUUACAUGCCAAAUUGUUAUUUUUCCUACUAAUAACGAUCUGUCAAAUUUUAUUUAAGUCGAACAAUUUUUCAAUGCCAACCAAUUUGGAUUCAAAUUAGGCAAGUUCAACUGUAGUUAUAAUAUUGUUAAAAGUUUAUAUACAUUGCAGUUUAGUUUUUCAGUCUACAUCGUUUUCUUGUAUAAAUAAUUAUAACAAAUAAUUAUCAGACAGUAAUGGAUUUAUUAUUAUUAUUAAUUAAUAAUGAUAAUUAUUGUUAUUAAAUUAUCAUUAUUUCAUUUUCAUAUCUUAGAAACAUGAUGAAAUUGUUUUGAGCUUACUGUUAUUUGUGCUUUUCAUAGUUUUACUAUCAUUCUUUUCGAUGUUAUUAUAAUUGCUAUAAUUAUUAUUGUUAAUUAAUAAGUAGUAAUACAAUUAUGAUAAACAUGAAGUAAUUGAUAAUAUAAGUACAUACAAAUCUUUUUUGUUUCAAACUUAUUACAAAGCAUAUUGUUAUGAUUACUGAUACAAAUGGCUUCUCAUAAAAAAAUUCCAAGCAAGCAUUGGUAGCUAUUAAAAGUGUUCAGAAUUAAAGUUCUCAAUUCACAAUUAGCUGUGAAGCAUUGUGUAGUGACAAUAAUUGUAGUGUAUGCAUAAAUAAACUGGAGUCAUCUAAUUGCCAUGUGUAGUUAAUCCAUGUCAUAUAAUCCAUUUAAUCCAGGGUUGAUCUUGCCCUUUAUCUCUUAUGUGGAUAAUGCUUAAAUUGUUGAUCAACACAAUCAAUCUUGAGUACACAAAGCCUUAAAGAUAUCAGAAUAGUUUGAAUCACAGUGUGCAAAACUUGCGGGUUAAUCAUAAAACUUUAUGGCUACUGCACUGUAAAUUGCGGGCAAGCCUGCUAAGGACAUUAUUAUAGAUAAGAUGCAGAUGAAGUAAAGUUUAAAAUUAUUUAUGAGGUUUUUGUGAGACAAGAUUUUGCUUGUGAAAAUUGUAUUGGAAAUGAGUUGUUAGAAGUAGUAAGUGGAUAAGUGUUGAUAUAAUUGUAUAGGAAUGAUACCAAAUUGCAUUCAUUUUUAUUUGACAACUAUCUGUGCAUAAUAAAGUUAAAUUUCAUUCAAA